AAGCAACGCGUGAUGCAGUGCGCGACGUGACACCCUUCAUCGCCCGACAAGGAUGAACUCCGGUACCCCUCUUGGAACCAUUCUCAACAGGUAGCGUAACACGCUCAAACAAUCAAGUGCUUGUGUCUUCCUUCUUUCAAGUUGAGAAGAGGAAUGCAAUCCGAGAGCUUUAGUGCGACGAGCAAUUUUGUAUUCACACUUUCUUUACGAAUUCUUACCGUUUGAUACAUUGCGGAUGGUCAUAGAGAGCAAACAUUUGACAGGAAAAUUUUGUGUAACUUGUCUUGAUAAACAGAUAUUCUAAAGACCGUGUGGACUAUUUGGUGACUUCUAAGACAAAAAAGGGGACCUCCGAAAUUUUCCGUGCCAGCUUUGAAAUACCAUCGUAGUGGGCAGCGUCCAUUUAUCGUAGACCAGGCAAACAAACCAUACAAAGAAGAAAAGAAAGAAGUUCAACUUCUUCUGUGAACAUUCUAUUCCCCCUUUGUGGGUGAGCACCAUUAGAAAGAGAACAUCAUCAUCAUCCUCACCAUCUUCGUCCUCAUCCUCGGCACCACUCUAUUCUACCACAGGAACGAGAAAAUUCUAUUCCCAUCAAAGCCAGGAUGCAGCUCGCUAUUUUACUACUGUUGCCAUUGGCGCUAGCAUCUGAGCCGUUUUAUCGUCGCAACGACUUGCUCAAGCACGUGGUCGUCAUCCUUCGGCACACCGACCGUGCGCCUCUUGCGACCUACCCGGGCGACCCGUACAAAAACCACGACUGGCCCUUGGGCUACGGAAGGCUGACGUCGCGCGGCCGAGCAAACGCUCGCGCCCUGGGUAAGUGGCUGCGUUCUCACUACAACGACUUCCUCAGCGACGACCCACGGGAAGUGGACGCUCGCAGCAGCCCCGCGCCGCGCUGCUACGAGACGGCAGCGCUGGUGCUUUACGGCCUCUACCCGGCAAACGCUGUUCAGAGGGAGUGGGAACCCGACCAACCGUGGCAGCCUGUACCCAUCACGCGGUUGCCCGACGGCAACGACAAAUACUCGACCAUCUGCGUGCCACGCGUACGCGCGGCCAUCCGGUCACUCAUCGCUGUUCCCGAGCCAGCGUUUCUCGCCGACAACGCGACGCUGAGAAAGCCCCUAUUUGGAACGCUCGGCGGGAUCGUCGGUUUCGUCGCCCGCAUGAGUAACCUCAGUGAAGAGUCGUCCUCUGGCCUCUUCGUCACCGCCAUCAAGAUGCUGGACACGAUGUCCGUGGCUAAAGAGUACAACCUGCCGGUGCCCACCUGGGCGUCGAAGUACUGGCGCCACUUGCACUGGGCUUCCGAGAUGGCACACGAAGCACUGUGUCGCUCUCAGAUGAACCACUUUGGAGGCGCCCUGAUACGCGAUGCCUUGAACGACAUUGGGCCAACCGGAGAACCGCUGGCGAGACCGUCAUCCUCUUUAAUGCGUGGCGACCCGGACCCGAGCGACACGCCAAAGAUGACGCUGAGGGUGUACCACGACGUCAACCUUGGGGGUAUCUUGAUUGGUUUGAACGGAACUCUCGGAAAAAGGGCUCCGUAUGGCGCGGCGAUCCUGGUAGAGUUAUUCACGUUGGCUUCGACGGUGACACCAGACGUUUAUGUGCGGGUUCUGUACAAGGCCGGUGACACGGUUUCUACUUUAGCCUUGCAAGGUUGCAGCAAUCCCUGUUCACUGCAGAGCUUCCGUGAACUGUUGGAGCGAAAUUUCGGGCCAGUGUCCAAAGUGAAUGUGAAUGGAACGACAACCAACCUCUCCUGUGAAAAAAGUGCCUUCAGUUUAUUAGUCGUUGCAUGCCGUAAACUGUAUGAAGGCGAAACGUGCCAUGGAAUGCUAUGUCAUGCUAUGCCUCAUGGGUGCUCUGUCCGUGGAUCAUGCAAGAUUACAUUGUUAAAGGCAUGAAUAAAGGAAAAAAAAUUUUCUGAAA